AUGGUCGAUGGACGUCCUCGCCACGAAAGCGUCGUGGGACCAGCGCCCACCGCCAGGAUUGUCACGAGUUCCAGGUGGCUCACGCCUGCGCAGAGGACGCGCCUUCCCUCGGCGGCGCCGGGCACCGCAGAAGUGGGACGUCCCUUCCGCAGCUGGCGCCUCGGGUGGGGCGGUGCCUGGGGCAUUCCGACGCUGGACUCGGCUCAGUCGCUACCUCCGACGUCCGCGGAGGAGCAGCCAGAGUCCAACCCGCAGAUCGCCGCGGCGCUCUGGGCCUGCGACACCGAGGAACCAACAUGGUCUCACCCCCGGCUCUGCUGGCGCUGCUGGCGCUGUCCUGGGCGACCCGGGGAGCCGCCUCUGGAGCCCAAUGCGCAGGUGACCCAGGUGACCUGGAUGCGACAAGACUCUGAAGGAGGCCUCCACAAAGUGGCGGUCCGCCACCCGACGCGGGGCCCCAGCCUGGCGGAGCCGGAGCGGAUCAGGUUCGCGAGCGCGGAUCUGCUGAACGCCUCGCUCCGGGUGUCCGAGCUGCGCACCGAGGACCAGGCCAACUACUCCUGCCAGUUCGCCACCUUCCCCAUGGGCAGCGGGAUCGCGUGGACCUGGCUCCAAGUGUUCGCCAAGCCCCUGAACACAGCAGAAGCCCAGAAGGUCCCGCUGAGGCCAUCCACCGGGGAGCCUGUGCCCGUGGCCCGCUGCAGCUCCAAAGGGGGGCGCCCACCCGCCAAAGUCACCUGGUCCCCGUUCCUGAAUGGCUCAGGCAGCAACACCGUGGAGCCAGGACCCCUCCCGGGCACGUACACCGUCGUCAGCGUCUUCACACUGGUGCCCUCCCGCCUGGCAGAUGGCGGGAACAUCACCUGCAGGGUGGAGCACGAGAGCCAGGAGGAGCCUGCCCUGCUGCCGGUGACCCUCGCUGUGCCCUACCCCCCUGAGGUCACCAUCUCUGGCUAUGACGACAACUGGUACGUGGGCCAAGAUAAGAUCACCCUGAGCUGUGAGGCACGCAGCAACCCAGAGCCCACAGACUACGCCUGGAACACGACCACAGGUCCCCUGCCAUCCUUUGCUGUGGCCCACGGCACCCAGCUCCUGAUCUCCACCAACCRAGCGAUCAACAUGACCUUCGUCUGCCGCGUCACCAACGCCCUAGGGACAAGUCAGAAGGAACAGACCAUCCUAGUCAAAGACCCAGAGGGGUCUCGCCUGAGCCCCGGCGCCAUCAUCGGCAUCGUUGUUGGCAUCGUUGUUGGCAUCGUUGUCACCUUCGCCGUCUUCAUCAUCGCAGGGAUCCUUUAUUUCAAGCUGUUCAAGGGCCGUGAUCGCCACCGCGACCCACCCAGACCUUCGGAGAACGGGGUCACCUACUCCCAGGUUCAGAGGAACGACCCCCUGGAUGGGCCAGCCGAAAGCACAAGGUGACACUGAACAG